AAUCAGCCAGAACGGUUGAGUACUUUUUCCGAUGUUCCGCCACUGCUUGUCGAUGGGCGUCCGACGGCAUUAAAAGCCACGCAACCGCUCGUCUGCACGUUACCAACCAAAACGGAAUUCCUCACUGAUGCAGUUGCUCUGGCUGCUCUGAGUCCGCAGGGGCCCAAAGGACCUCCACCAAAACCACCUCCUAGGCCAGUGAACAAAGGACACGGACGAAGCGCGAGCCUGGACUUGAACACUUUUAUAAAUUCUACUGCACCAGGACCAAAACAUAAUACAGCCGCAGAAGUAUUGCAACGUGGCGCAACUCUUCCUGCGCAAGCAUCUUUGCGGUAUCAUCCGUGUAAUUCGAUGCCUGCGGACACUGCUUGCUUCUCCACCGCAGAAUGGCAAGAUUCUAACAGUUCUCCGCGUCAUCUGGCUCCACCGUUGCCUCCAAGGGCAACCUUUGUUGAUGUUUGUGUGCAGACCGAAAGUAGCGCCGCAUCGUCACGAAGUUUCACCGAUGGACGCGAAUUGAUUGAGCUAAAUAUUGAUAUGGAAAAACGUAUCGAGGAGCUGUUAGCCGCUGAGGGAAAUUCAGAUGCAGGCGUUGGCUGUAGUUGUAGUGGUGGUGGGGGUACAGCGUCAACAGCACACAUGAACUGGCGCGAUCGUUGUGAUCAUUUGCGCAAACUGAAUGCGCAUCUGGAAGCGGAAAGAACCAAAUUAGCGCAGAUUAGGCUACAGCUUGAAUUAAGACUCGAGGAAGCAGCGGGCAAUCAACCUUCGAUGAAGCCAACGUCACUUUGA